AUGAGAGGCUUCCUCAAGAUCGCGGCGGGCGCGGCAUGCCUGCUAGGAGGCCGGCUCGCCGAUGCUGCUGUUAAAGUCGACUUUAGCAAUGACCAAUCCAUUAAAGACGGUGCGAGUACGAUUGCAUUUGGUCUGUUGAAAUACUACACAGGAAACAACACCGGUGAUGUGCCAGGAAACCUGCCAGAUCCUUAUUUUUGGUGGGAGGCCGGAGCGAUGUUCGGGACCAUGGUGGAUUACUGGCUGUUGACCGGGGACUCGACUUACAACGACGUUACGAUGCAGGCCCUGCUCCACCAGGCCGGCGAGGAUGCCGAUUUCAUGCCAAGAAACCAGACGAGAACCGAGGGAAACGACGACCAAGGAUUUUGGGCGAUGGCAGCGAUGAGUGCAGCUGAGAACAACUUUCCGAAUCCGCCAAAGGACCAGCCCCAGUGGCUGGCACUCGCCCAGGCUGUGUUCAACCAGUAUGUCAGCCGUUGGGACAUGGAGACGUGCGGCGGUGGGUUGCGGUGGCAGAUCUUCACCUUCAACAAUGGCUUCAAUUACAAAAACUCGAUUUCGAACGGUUGCUUCUUCAACAUCGCGGCUCGACUGGCACGUUUCACGGGUAACCAAACGUACGCCGAAUGGGCGGAAAGGGUGUUUGACUGGGAAGUCAGCGUCGGCCUGAUCACGCCGGACUUCAAGAUCUACGACGGCGCCACGGUCGACAACGGCAAGAAUUGCAAGGAUAAGGACACGAUUCAGUGGUCGUACAACGCGGGCAUCUUCCUGCAUGGGUCUGCUGUCAUGUACAACUUCACCAGGGACAAGAGAUGGAUGACCCGGACCGAGGGUAUUCUCACCGAAGCGACAGGCCUCUUUUUCAACCAAAGCGCCAUGACCGAGCAGGCCUGCGAACCAUUCAAGCUUUGCGACAACGACCAACAGAGUUUCAAGGGCUACCUCACGCGGUGGAUGGCAGGGACAGCACAGGUGGUACCCGAGUUAUUCGACCGGAUCAUGGGUCUCCUGAAGCCCAACGCUGAGGCUGCCAUGUCUGUGUGCAAUGGGUCACCCGCAAGCGGGUUCAACGGCAAGCCCGGUACGGCUUGCGGUUUCAAGUGGAACCCUAGGGGCCAGUUUGACGGGCUGGUCGGUGUCGGCGCGCAGAUGAACGCCCUUGACGCCGCCAUGUAUAUGCUUGUUAAGAAGGCGGAUGUCAAGACCGCACCGGUGACGGCCGACACGGGUGGUACAUCGGUAGGCAACCCGAAUGCCGGUAUGAGCUUGCAGCCCAAGAUCCCUACACUACCACCGAUCGAGACCAAAGAUAAGGUGGCUGCCGGCUUUGCUACUACGGCUCUGGUGCUCAGUGUCGUGGGAGGCUGUUUCUUUAUUAUGAAAUGA